AUGACCGAGGAACACUAUCGUCGUGACUCGUACUCAGAAAAAACAAUGACUGAUGGCUCUGCAAAUGGAAACACCAACGGCAACAAAGACGCCGUUGAUGAAAAACAGACAGAUGAGGCCACCAGUUCUCCAAAAGCCGAUUCUCCUCCAGCACAUGAGUAUCCUGGAGCAUUGUCCCUGACAGCCAUUUUGGUUGCUGUCUACCUUGCCAUAUUCCUUGUUGCUCUUGACCGAACAAUCAUUGCCACUGCUAUCCCACGCAUCACCGAUGACUUCCACGCGCUCGGGGACAUCGCCUGGUACGGUAGCGCCUAUUUACUUACUAGCUGCUCCUUUCAGUUGACUUUUGGCCGGUUGUUCACUUUCUAUUCGCCCAAGUGGAUCUUUUUGAUCGCCAUCGUCAUUUUCGAAAUAGGGUCUGCUAUUUGUGGUGCUGCACCAACCUCCACUGCAUUCAUCAUUGGCCGAGCCAUUGCUGGCAUGGGAUCCUGUGGAAUAUUUUCUGGAACCAUAGUCAUUAUAACUGAUGCUGUACCCUUGCAAAAGCGCCCUAUGAUGACAGGAUUCAUGGGCAGCCUUUUUGGCAUCUCCUCGGUUGUUGCUCCUCUCAUGGGUGGUGCCUUUACCGACCGAGUGACAUGGAGAUGGUGCUUUUACAUCAACUUGCCAAUCGGUGCCGUCACUAUUGUCAUAAUUAGUCUUAUCCUCAAAGCAAACCCUCCGCCAAAUCCAAGCCCUGCGAGAACAAUAAAGGAUCGUCUCAAUCAACUCGACCCUUUCGGCACCCUAGUUUUCUUGCCCAGCAUAGUGUGCUUGAUUAUCGCUCUGCAAUGGGGUGGAACCACUUACUCUUGGAAUAAUGGCAGAAUCAUUGCGCUGUUCGUUUUGUUCGGCGUGCUCAUGAUUGCCUUCGUUUUGAUCCAGAGAUGGAAACAAGAAACGGCCUCGGUACCCCCUCGACUUGCAAAAAUGAGAAGCAUAGGAGCAGGAUUCUGGUUCUCCCUGUGCCUAGGUGGUAGCAUGAUGCUUUUCGUGUAUUACCUUCCCGUUUGGUUUCAGGCUAUUAAGGGUGCUUCUGCGGUCAAGUCGGGUAUUAUGAAUAUCCCUCUGGUGUUGUCACUUGUCAUCGGCUCCAUAAUUGCAGGUAUCUGUGUCUCGAAAAUAGGAUACUUCACCCCUUUUAUGAUCCUUGGCAGUAUAGUCAUGUCGAUCGGUGGCGGCCUUCUCUCUACUUUUACGACAACCACGAACCAUCCAGAGUGGAUUGGCUACCAAGUUCUUCUUGGUUUAGGUAUUGGAUUAGGAAUGCAGCAAAGCAGUGUCGCCGCCCAAACUAUUCUCGAACGCAAGGAUGUGCCAACUGGUGCAGCAUUGAUGAUGCUAGCCCAGUCUCUCGGUGGCGCCAUCUUUCUUGCAGUUGCUCAAACUGUAUUCCAAAACAAUCUUGUCAGCCGUGUGCAAACAUCCAUCCACGGUCAACAUGGCGAAAACAUCGCCCAACUAGUUCUUCAGGCUGGCGCGACUGGCAUUCGCGGCCUCGUCAGUCCGGCCGACUUACCUCCUGUUUUGGUUGCUUAUAACUCAGCCAUUACAAAAACCUUUUAUGUCGGUGUGGGUCUUGCAAGCGCUUCGAUAAUUGGCGCUCUUUUAAUGGAGUGGCCGAGUGUUAAGGGAGGCGACAAGGAGAACAAGUCUCAGGCUCCUACCGACGAUGUGGAGGCAUAG